UUAGUUCCAAUCCUAGCUUUCCCUUUCUGCCAAACUGACUGCGUCCUUCAGACCAGAAUCAGCUUUCUUCCGUUCUACGCGAGCUUUAGAUUUGGGAGCAAACUUUAGUUUGAAACUUGCUAAACAUGGCGGAGGAAGCCCCAAAGGAACCGGAAGCACCAAAAGAAUCGGAAGCACCAAAAGAGCCGGAAGCUCCGAAAGAACCGGAAGCUCCAAAGGAAGCGGAACCAGCACCGGCAGCUGCUGAAGGCGCCGAAGUGGAGAAGUCCGGUGAAGAUCAGAACGGUGAAAAUGUAAAUCCAGACGAAGAAGGCGCUGAAAAAGUGGAUGGAGAAGAAGAGGGCGAGCGAGAACCGGAACCGGAACCAGAGCCUCCUGCGCCCAAGCCGCCAACUAAGUUUGAUUUGUUGCACGAGUUCUUCAAGACGACCGAUGAGUUUAUGAAUCAGUUUGACGAAAUGGUCGCCAACAGGGGCAAGUGUCGAUCGGUUUAUUUAAAGAACCUGAACCCGCUGAGGGAUUCGCUGGUUGAAUUGCUGCACCGGUUUGGUGUGUUUACGCGAAACUGGUUGCCCCAUGAUGACAAAAACCGGGAACACAUCAAGUGCUGUGGAGAGCAGGAGCACCUUUUCGACACUGACGAAUUUGAGGAACAUUAUGAAGAAGUUCACGAAAAAGACAAUGAAGCCAUAGUGAUACCGGAGCAGCAAGAAAUUAUGGAAGCCUAUCAGGAAGCUGUCGAGGAUUACAUCGCGGUGGGAGUCGUUGUAAACGACGAGCUGAUGUACCGGCUGCGGAGAAUUUUAAGAAAGUCCAAUCUGGUGCUGACGGGUGUUUGGUCUUAGGAUGUUACUGCUGGAAUAAUUGUGCUGUUCAAGGUUAAUCGUUUAAUGAAUAAAUUUGUUGCCUUUUUCGACUGG